GCGGCGGGGAGGCGGCGGCCCGCUUGGCCCAGGCCAGCCCGGGGCUGCGGCGGUCCGGUUCGCUGCAGGCAGCGCCGGGAGCCGGCUGCUAACAGCAUCCCGCGGCUGCCACCUCUGUCACUCGGUCCCGGGGUCAGCCAUGGCCCUGGUGCGCGACGCCGAACCGGCGGCCGGGUCCUCCCGCUGGCUGCCCACGCACGUCCAGGUGACUGUGCUACGGGCCAGCGGGUUGAGGGGCAAGAGCUCGGGCGCCGGCAGCACCAGCGACGCGUACACGGUGAUCCAGGUGGGCCGCGAGAAGUACAGCACCUCGGUGGUGGAGAAGACUCAAGGCUGCCCGGAAUGGUGCGAGGAGUGCUCGUUCGAGCUGCCGCCCGGCGCCCUGGACGGCCUGCUGCGGGCGCAGGAGGCAGAUGGGGCCCCUGCGCCCUGGGCCUCGGGCCCCAAUGCUGCCUGCGAGCUGGUGCUCACCACCAUGCACCGCUCGCUCAUCGGUGUGGACAAGUUUCUGGGCCGGGCCACCGUGGCUCUGGAUGAAGUCUUCCGCGCAGGCCGCGCCCAGCACACGCAGUGGUACAAGCUGUACUCCAAGCCAGGCAAGAAGGAAAAGGAGCGCGGUGAGAUCCAGGUGACCAUCCAGUUCACACGAAACAAUCUGAGUGCCAGCAUGUUCGACCUGUCCAUGAAGGACAAGCCACGGUCCCCCUUCAGCAAGCUCAAGGACAAGGUGAAGGGCAAGAAGAAAUAUGAACUAGAAUCUGCCUCAGCUAUUCUCCCAAGCAGCGCCCUGGAGGAUCCUGAGCUGGGCAGCCUGGGCAAGAUGGGCAAAGCCAAAGGUUUCUUCCUCCGCAACAAACUCCGCAAGUCCUCGCUCACACAGUCCAAUACCUCGCUGGGCUCUGACAGCACCCUCUCCUCCACUAGCGGCAGCCUGGCCUACCAGGGCCCUGGAGCUGAGCUCCUCACCCGCUCACCAAGCCACAGCAGCUGGCUGUCCACUGAAGGGGGCAGGGACUCUGCACAGUCCCCUAAGCUGCUCGCCCACAAGAGGACAUACAGUGAUGAGGCCAGCCAGCUGCGUGUGGCUCCUCCCCGGGCUCUUCUUGAGCUCCAAGGCCAUCUUGAUGGUGCCUCCCGCUCUUCCCUCUGUGUCAACGGGAGCCAUGUGUACAAUGAGGAGCCUCAGCCUCCCUUACGGCACCGCAGCUCCAUCUCAGGCCCCUUCCCACCCUCAACCUCCCUACACAGUGUCCCACCUCGGCCCUCUGAGGAGGGGCCUCGGUCCUCAGAUGACUCUUGGGGCAGAGGCAGCCGUGGCACCAGCAGCUUGGAGGCAGGGCCUGGACAGGAGGAACUGAGUGCUCAGGCCAAACUGGGGGCCAGUUGCUCUGGAGAGGAAGAGGGGGCCCGGCCUCCAGAGGGAAAACCAGUCCAAGUUGCGACACCCAUGGUGGCAUCCCCUGAGGCUGUGACAGAGAAGGAACGGAAGCCCCGGAUGGGGCUCUUCCACCACCACCACCACCAUCACCAGGGGCUGAGCCGGAAUGAGCUGGGGCGCCGUGGCUCAGUUGGAGAGAAAGGGAGUCCUUCUCUGGGAGCCUCCCCGCACCAACCAUCCACUGGGGAGGAAAAGGCCAAGAGCAGCUGGUUUGGCCUGAGAGAAUCCAAGGAACCAACUCAGAAGCCCAGCCUGGACGUGUCUCCUCAGGUAGAAUCUGACCCAGCUGCUCCUCCUCACCCCUGCUCCCCCCAGGCUCUGGCCCCCCCUACUGCUCCCGCUGCUGCUCCCAUGCUAAGCACUAACCUUUUUGCAGCCACCUCCCCUGCUGCUGCCACUGCCGCUGCUGCCACCAUUGUCCCUGAAGCCACCCCCUCUGGAUUCUUGGGGGUCACCAACCCGUUCUUCACCUCCUUGCAGAGCAACCCCUUCUUCGAGGAGCUCAAAGCCGACAUAGCACUAAAUUCUCCUUCACCCGCUCCCUCUCUCCCCAGUGCCUCGAGGGCCAGCCUGGCCCCCCUGGCCUCCCCUGGGAAAGCCCUGCCUGAGUGGGACGACACCUUCAACAUCUUUGCUGCCGGCAGGCUGCAGCCAGAGGCCAGGAGUGAGAUUCUGGCCCUGGCAGGAGUGGGGCUGGAGGAGGAUGGGCUGCAAGACCCAGGCCCUGGGACCGUGGCAGUGAGAGCAGCAGAACCCCAGAGAGAACCUGGGGGAGAAAGAGGUGGAAGCCGCGCACGGCUGGAGCCCAGGGUGCCUGUGGACUCGGGACCAGGCCAGCCAAGCUCAAGUGUGUCUGACCAAGGACCCCCUGGGUCUUCAGGGACUGGCCCAUCCUCCAGAGCAGCCCAGUUGCAUCUGAGAGCUUCAGCCUCAACCCCAGACCGGGAGCUUCCUGCCUCAGCAGUGGGAACCAUGCAGAGCCCAGCAGAUAGCCCAGCAGAUAGCGGGGCAUCUCUGUUCAGUUCCCCAGAAGUACUCAGUGUGUGGGAGAGACUUCCUGGGGGCCAGGAUGAGGAGGCUCCCCAAGAUGGAAGCCAGCUUUUCCAGGAGCUGAACACAGUGGAGGAUUCCUGGCCUUGGGACGUGAUCACCAUUUCUCCUACAGCAGAGGCUGCUUCAUCCAUCAUGCAGGGAGAAUCCCAUGAGGUGCCUCCUCCCAAAGCACAGCCUGAAUCACCAGCUCCUGUGCACCCCGUGGAGAGUGAGGGGCACCCUGCAUUGCAGCUGGAGCCAGAGCCUGAGCAGGGAUUGGAUGAGGGGUCAUGGCCUGGCCCACCACCUCCCAAGCCACCACGCCUCUUCACACCUACAAAUUCCCAGGUGGAGGAGGAGGACCAAGAGGAGGAAGAGAAUGCUACAGGGGGUCUGAAGAGCAAGGGGCCAGGGAUAGAAGAAGACACCACCCCAAGUGCAUUGGUUGUUGGUCCCCAAGAGUCUAAGGAGGAGGGGGUAAAUCCAAAGUUGGAGGAAUUGCACAGCGUGCCCUCUGGGACCCUGAUGGGUGAGCCAGAACUUGAACUUGUAGGAGAUACUGAUGCUCCUGGGUCUGGGGCCUGUCCACCUAGGCCCACCAGCUACCUUGAGGGGCCCAUCCCCAGAUCCCAUAGCUCAACCAGCUCAACUCUGCUGAGCCAGAUGGUCUGGGGGACUUCAGAUACAGGUGAGGGCCUUGAAACCCAGAGCCAGGAGAUAGUCAAAGAGGGGUUUGGACCUCUCUCAGUCACCCCUCAGCAGGCUGAUCUGUGGGCCUCAGAGGAGGAGGAGGAGGAGGAGGAGGAGAAGGAGGAGGAGGAGGAGGAGAAGGAGGAGGAGGAGGAGAAGAAGGAGGAGGAGGAGGAUGCCUUGAAUCCCUUCUUAUGUCAGGAGAGCCAAGAUCCCCCCAGCCUCCCAUCCAUAUCACCACCAGGGUCAAGGGGAUCCUCUGUCCACUCUGGUCCAGAAGAGUUGCCCACACCCCCAGAACCUGCCUUCCCACCUCCCCCUCUCCCACCGUGGGCCAGCCACCGCCAUGGGGUUCCAGGCCCUCCAUGCCCUCCCCUGCCUGUAGCCUGGCCCUUGACCUCUUCUUCCUCACCUCCUGAGGAGUCAGCUUUACCCCUUGGUCCCCUUGAGCUCUCCCCAACUAGGGGCUCCCCUACACCAUAUGGGGAAGACCACGCUGCAGCCACCCCAGCCUCCCCGCUUGUGCUUCUGCCCUUGGAGACACGACCAGCUGAGGAGCCCCAGCCCAGUAACAGUCCCCAUCCUGUGAAGCCCCUCAGUGCUGCCCCUGUGGAGGCUAGCCCUGACAGGAAACAGCCCCGCACCAGCCUGAGCUCAGCCCUGAGCAGUGGACUGGAGAAGCUCAAAACUGUCACAUCUGGCAGCAUCCAGUCUGUGGUUCCAGCAUCUCAGCUUGGCCCAACUGUGGACACCAAGAGGCUGAAGGAAUCUGCUGUGCUGGACCAGUCAGCCAAGUACUAUCACCUGACUCAUGAUGAGCUCAUUGGCCUGCUCCUGCAGCGUGAGUGUGAGCUGAGCCUGAGAGACAAGUAUGUCCAGGAGCUGGAGAUCUACAUUGACCAACUGCUAGUGAGGAUCAGGGAGACCUCACCCACGCUGCUGCAGAUCUCCCCUGCCCCCCCCAAGUAACCCUUCCCUCCAUCCCUGGAGGGUUGGUGAGGGCCCGGUGUAGCACAGCCUGCUCUCAUGGUCACUCUCUGCUCCCCUCCCCAUCCUGCCUCUGCUGGGGUUGCUGGAAGGGGCCCAUUUGAACUCCCACUAGAGCCCUGGGUCUUUCCUACCUGCCCAUUCCACACUAGUAGCUUUGGGGCCCCUCAGAGAAUUGGAACAAGGAUGUCAGCUGUCGAGAUGGAGCAGGAGUGAGCUGUGGGUUCUGGGGUGAGCUGUGGUAUCUAGGGCAACACUGCGCCAGCACAGAUUUAAAUCACCCCAUGGGGUUGGUCAGUUGUUUCUUCUUGGCCGAUCCUAAUCUCCAUUUCCCUCCAGCACCUGGAAGUCCUCCUGGUAUUGACUGGGACUGGGUUGGGGACCAAGCUGCUUGUUUGUCUGUGCGCUGUAGACAACCUUGUGCCUGUACCCUAAGAGUAGGGAGCCUGUGUGUUUUAGUCUUCUCUCUCUCUCUGUCUGGGGCUGUGUGUGGAGCAUGUAUACAGGGUGGUGGUGGUGGUGGUGGUGGUGGUAGUGGUAGUGGUGGUGGUGGUGGUGGUGUGUCUUUGUGGUCUUCAGCUGCUCCCUGCUGUUCUUCAGACCCUCCCACUCCAUGUCUCAGUGGUGAUGGGUGGUGGGGCUGGGUGCAGGGAGGAUGACUCCUUGCUCCUGAGGUUCUCCCUACCUCCCUAACAUGAGACCCCCCCCAGGUUGGGGCUUUGGGCUGCUCGUGUUAUGGGGAUCAGGACUCCAUGUCUGUUGUUACCACUUGUCCAGAUGCCAAAACUGUGCUGCUGUGAGGUCAGACCUUUUGGAAACCAACUAAAAUGUGCCUUUUGUGGGUGAGGACAAGAGCCUCUGGAUGUAGACCACUCUGGCUAUGGUGUCCCCUCCCUCCUAUUGAGCACAUGAAAAUGGCUGUUAGGGUCCUGAAAGGGGAAUGUGGACCAGGCUUUUUGCUUCCCUAAGAAGUACCUCAGCUAAGGUUCUGGCCAACCUGCUGCCACCUCCCAAGUCUUCUUCCCACCUCCUGCUCCUUCCUUGACCCCCAUUCAGAGCAUCCUGGGAUAAAAACUAGUGCACAGUAAGCCUGGGGCUACCCUGCAUCUAUAUUGUGUCUGGCCUUGAGUCCCAGCUGUGCUGGACCAGAGGGCAUGUCUGGGAAGUGGGAGGCUUCACUCUGCCUUAGACACCUGUACUUAGGAAAUGCCUUGCGGCUCUCCAGCUGUUCUGUAAGCUGCCAUGCAGCCUCCCUCUUGCUUACCAACCCCUUCUGUCUUUCCUGACUUGGCUGAAGUGCAUUUUGAAGCCAAGUAUUAACCCUGCGGUCCAGCUUCUUGUUUGCUUGUGAAUAAAGCAGGUCUCCCCAUGGCAUCUGCAGGGGUCCUUGGCGGCUGUGCAUUAGCAAAAAGUAUGUGUGAAGGAGGUGAGCUGCUGAAAAAAAGAUGCUUUGGGCCGGGUGGAAAAGCAACAACUGUUUCUUCAUGGCAGGGUCAUGAGUUCACUCAGAACACCUCAGGAGGUAUGCUCUGUGGAGGUCAGUCUUCUGCCAGCAUAGAGCAGACAAACCCAGCAACGGGCCCCCACAGUGCAGUUACCAACUCUAGGUCAACUCGGAAAUGAAGAAAGUAGCCACCAGUUUCCAGGUUUUUGACCACAUGGUGGGGGGUCAUUGGGCGUUGGAGAGAGCCUCUUGAGGAAGUGAGUUCCUCUGCUAGGCAUGCCUCUGAGCUCAUUUGGUUCCAGCCCUGUCCCUUGUCCUUUGCCCGUCCCUGCUGUUUGGUCUUCCUGGGUGGCCAGGGCAGGGGUGUCUUAGGAGAGGUUCUGAGCUGAAGCCAGGGUUUUGCUGUGUCUGCUCCAUACCACACAUUGCAGAGUGCGGCUGGCGGACAGUGAGCAGGCGCAGUUCUGCUCUGCCGUUGGUCUUCCUAGUUGAAACUCCUGUCUAUAAAGAGCUUGUUCUUCAUGUUUUGAGCACUUUAUGAAGAAUAAAAAGUUCGUGUACCACA